GGAUAUGUUUUCAGCUGGAAUCUUAUCAUCACAAAGAAGUGAAGUCACAAAUAAGGCAAUAUCAUUCAAUGCAAAAGCAACAACAAACCUGUUUGAAUUCUAUCAUAUAUUUGAGCAAACAGUGAAAAGAUGGAGAAGCAAUGAAACUAGUGACAACUUCCGGAACAGAACUGAACGUCCCAAAGCCGUCAAAUCCAAAUCAAAGCUUCUGAAACAUGCAGCUGAUGUAUACACACUAGCACUGUAUAAUGACUUUGAAACAGAGUAUGAGUGGGCAAUGGCAUCAUUUUUACGAGCAUUUGCAACAGAAAACUCACAGCUGAAGUUGUUUGAAGUCUCACCAGAAGAAGAUUUCACCAAUUCACAUACAGUAGCAUACGAUGAGGCUACAACAGAAUUAGUGUGCUCAUGUCAAUGCUUCACAGAGACGGGGAUGCUUUGCUUUCACAUAAUAAGGGUCAUGCACAUGUUCAGCAUAUUUCAAAUACCACAAAAUAUAUCCUUAAGAGAUGGACAAGACUUGCAAAGUCAGCAGUAUGGGAGAAUGUUCAAGACAAGGACCAAAGCCAAAAUGCACAGUUGUGGACACCAUGGAGACAUGCAAUAACCAAGAAUUUCUACAACCUAGUGUCAAUAUGUCAAUCAAAUGAGGAUGCAAGAACAUUAUGUGACAAGUCGUUGAAGGAAUUAUACAAAUCAGUGAAAGAAGUU